AUGGCACCAGUUUGGUCCUCAUGCUCAAACCGUUUUGUUCUCGCAGCAACCAAACUCCAAUCUCACACUUGUUUCACCACCGCCAUUGUCAUUCCUCUCUAUCACUACAGUACCAUUCCUCAACCAUAUCAACCGAACCCACCAAACCCUUCACCCAAAUUAGUGCCUUUACAACUCCACAAACAAAACCAAUCAAUACCCAUUUCAUUUUCUUCCUUAAACUACAAAGAAUCGAUCAUUUCUGCCAUAAAGUCUAUUUCCCAUAAGACCCAUUUGCUCCAAAUCCAUGCUCGCAUUCUCACCACAACCCUCAUUCAAGACCCUGCAGUUUCUCAUCACUUCUUAUGCCGCGUAUCUCUCUCUGGCCCAUUGCAAAACCCUGACUAUUCUCGACGUUUCUUUGAGCAAAUCAGUUACUCUUUUGUUUCCCACUACAAUACCAUGAUCAGAGCUUAUUCCUUGAGUGACUCACCUCAAAAAUCUCUUUUUUUAUAUCGAGAUAUGAGGAGAAGAGGCAUUGCCGCUAACCCUUUAACGUCUUCCUUUGUUGUUAAGUCUUGUAUCAGGUUUUUGUAUCUUCUUGGAGGCGUUCAGGUUCAUUGCAACAUUUUUAAAGAUGGGCAUCAAUCAGAUAGUCUUUUGCUCACUGCUCUCAUGGACUUGUAUUCACAAUGUCAGAAAUAUGAUGAUGCGUGUAAGGUGUUUGAUGAAAUGCCUAUGAGAGAUACGGUGGCUUGGAAUGUGAUGAUCUCUUGUUGUAUUCGAAAUAAUCGGACCCGGGAUGCUUUGAGCUUGUUUGAUGUUAUGCGGAGUGAAAACUAUAAAUGUGAGCCUGACGAUGUAACUUGUUUGCUUCUUCUUCAAGUGUGUGCUCGUUUGAAUGCCUUGGAAUUUGGUGAACGAAUUCAUAGUUAUAUUAUGGAUCAUGGCUAUGGAGGUGCUAUGAAUUUGUCUAAUUCUCUCAUAUCAAUGUAUUCGCGGUGUGGUUGUGUAGAUAAGGCUUAUGAGGUGUUUAUGGGAAUGAAGAAUAGAAGUGUUGUUUCGUGGAGUGCAAUGAUAUCUGGUUUGGCAGUGAAUGGAUAUGGGAGAGAAGCUAUUGAAGCAUUUGAAGAGAUGCAGAGAAAUGGCAUUCAGCCUGAUGAUCAUACAUUCACGGGCGUCCUUUCUGCUUGCAGUCAUUCUGGCUUGUUAGAUGAAGGGGUGUCGUUUUUCGACCGAAUGAUUUCCGAGUUUAGGAUAACACCUGCCAUCCACCAUUAUGGCUGCAUGGUUGACCUCAUGGGUCGUGCUGGCUUACUUGAUAAGGCCUACCAGCUUAUCACGUCGAUGGAGGCAAAGCCAGAUUCCACAGUUUGGAGGACCUUGCUCGGGGCGUGCAGAAUUCAUGGUCAUGUUACACUUGGUGAACGAGUAAUUGAACACUUGAUUGAAUUGAGAGCUCAAGAAGCUGGAGAUUAUGUUUUGCUUCUGAAUCUUUAUUCUUCUGCAGAACAAUGGGAAAAGGUUGUAGAAGUUAGAAAACUAAUGAAACAAAAUUCAAUCCAAACCACACCUGGUUGUUGCACAAUUGAACUUAAUGGAGUUGUACAUGAGUUUGUCGUGGAUGAUAUUUCACAUUCAAGAAGAGUUGAAAUUUAUAACACACUGGAUGAGAUUAAUAAGCAGCUGAGGAUAGCUGGUUAUGUUGUUGAACUUUCAUCUGAACUGCAUAAGAUGGAUAACAGAGGAAAAGGGUAUGCGCUCUCUCACAGUGAAAAACUUGCUAUUGCAUUUGGGGUUCUUGUCACUCCACCAGGCACGACGGCAUUGAGAGUGGCCUCUAAUCUCCGCAUUUGUGUUGAUUGCCACAACUUUCUGAAACUUUUUUCUGCGGUUUACAACCGGGAUGUUAUUCUCAGAGACCGUAAGCGGUUUCACCAUUUCCGGCAAGGGCAUUGCUCCUGUAGUGACUAUUGGUAG